CUUCUACCCUUUCCUUCUUUCUGAGAGCAUCCCCCAACAGAGCCAUCAUCCCCUCUCUCUCUCUCUCUCUCUAGAUAACAGGGAGAGAGACUUCUUAAUUAAUUUCCCAAUGGCGAAGGAAAACAACAACAAGGUGGAUCCAGCCAUGGAAGGCUUCUCCCCAAUCUCCACAACUAGGAUCUUCUGGAAAUCUCGGAAGAGAUCAGCUACCGGGAUGAAUUUAGACAAGGAAGCAGAAGAAACUGCUAAUGGAUCCCCCACCAAACAGGAAGUAACUUUGGAUAAAGAGAAUGUACCAGAACCAGCUACAGAACCUGUGCUUUCUGAGCGUCGAAAGGCUCUGUUUGAGCCUCUGGAGCCUGUAAACAACAAACGACCCUCAGCAGAAUCAUUACUACCUCCACCAGACUUUGAUGCUGCAAGCUAUCCCAAAGGAUGGUUGAUUGGAAAGAAGCGGAAGCUGGUUAAUGUUGAUGUUGUAGAGAGCAUGAGGAGGAUUGCAGUCCAGGAAAUGAACAGAAAGGACAGGGAAAUUGAUGGCCUAAAUGAGCAGUUAGAAGAGGAUUCAAGGUGUUUAGAACAUCUGCAGCUCCAGCUAAUAGAAGAAAGAAGUAAACGUGCUGCGGUAGAGAGAGAAAAUGCAAUGCUGCAUGAUCAGAUAAACAUGCUGAUGAACAUGGUGCAGGAAAAUGAAACAAUGGGUGAUGAAAACCCAGAUGAGCCAUAAUCGUGUAGUUUCUUAUUAAUUUUAUAGAUGGUUUGUUUAUUCUUUUGCAGAUUUGUCUCAAAAGUGGAGGAAGAAAGAUACAUGCAAAUAUAUAUUCCAAGAAGAGGUGUGGGGAAUAAAUAGGUCAAUAGAUUGUAGCUUGUUUUGGGUUGAGUACCCAUGCUUGUUAGUGCUUGUUAGAUGUACGUCUCAGGUCUCAUAUCAAAUUAUAU